CCAGGCAUGGCUUUUGACCCAGAUCAGCCACGAUAUGAUCAAUCAACAUUUUACGGCCGACUGCGGCAUUUCGCUGGAAUGACAGAUCCACUGAUUGCAUUUUCUUCAACAACAGAACUCAUUACUGCAUCGGAGUUAAUGCAAAAAUGCAGAGAGAAGAAGCCAGUGCCGGCAACACUUGAGGAACUUCAUCGUUCGCAACGUCUGUGUCAAUCAGCUUUUCAUCCGGAUACUGGAGAACUUCAGAACUUUGCUGGAAGGAUGUGCUUCAACGUCUGGGGUGGUACAAUGCUGUGUGGUGCAAUGAUGAUCUGGUACAAAUCGACGCCAGCUGUAAUUUUCUGGCAAUGGGCAAAUCAGUCAUUUAAUGCACUGGUCAAUUAUACCAAUCGAAAUGCAAAGAGCACAUUGACAACAAAAGACUUAGUUGUAUCGUAUUCUACAGCAGUGUCUGGAGCACUGGCAAUGGCAAUUGGGCUGAAAACAUAUUUUGCUAAGAAACAGAGCAGUCCUUUGGCUCAACGAUUAGUACCACUGGGAGCCGUUGCAGUGGCUAAUGCUAUUAACAUCCCUAUGAUGCGUCAGAAUGAACUCAAAGAAGGUAUGACUGUCACUGAUGCCGAUGGAAACAACGUUGGAGUUUCCCGGUUAGCCGCAGCUAAAGCCAUCUCCCUGGUGGUUCUCUCCAGAAAUAUUAUCGUUGCCCCAUGCAUGAUCCUCACUCCUGUCAUCAUGGAAGGCUUGAACAAAGUGGCCUCAUUCCGGAAGCAUAUCAACAAACUCAACAUUCCAACUCAAUUGGCUUUAACUUUUGUGAUUUAUGGUGCAAUGAUUCCUGUCGGAUGCGCUCUCUUCCCUCAGCAAAACUCUGUGAAGCUUUCAACAUUGAAAAGAUGGGAGCCCGAAGCCUUUGAAAAACUGAAAAAUAUCAAGGGAGAUCGAGUGUACUUCAACAAAGGAUUAUAAGCGAUUUAUGAGCUUUUAGUUAACUAAACAUAGAUUUCAGCUUAAUUUAUUUCCGUGCAAAUUGGUAUUUAGAAUGAUUCGUUGUAGACAUUUCUUGAAUUGUGCAAUUAAUAACAUCUGUGCAAUUGUCUACUUAUCAGUUUUUAAAAAUUCCAGCAUAAUAAAUUUAAUCAUAACUAA